AUGAGGAUGGUUCAUCCUGACAAAAAUAAUCAUCCCCGGGCUGAGGAGGCCUUCAAGGUUUUGCGGGCAGCUUGGGACAUUGUCAGCAACCCUGAAAGACGGAAGGAAUAUGAGAUGAAGCGAAUGGCAGAGAAUGAGCUGACCCGGUCAGUGAAUGAGUUUCUGUCCAAGCUGCAGGACGACCUCAAAGAAGCAAUGAAUACUAUGAUGUGCAGCCGAUGCCAGGGAAAGCAUAGGAGGUUUGAGAUGGAUCGGGAACCUAAGAGUGCCAGAUACUGUGCUGAGUGUAACAGGCUGCAUCCUGCUGAGGAAGGAGACUUUUGGGCAGAGUCAAGCAUGUUGGGCCUCAAGAUCACCUACUUUGCCCUGAUGGAUGGAAAGGUGUAUGACAUCACAGAGUGGGCUGGAUGCCAGCGUGUGGGAAUCUCCCCAGAUACCCACAGAGUCCCCUAUCACAUCUCAUUUGGUUCACGGAUGCCAGGCACCAGUGGGCGGCAGAGAGCUACCCCAGAUGCCCCUCCUGCUGACCUUCAGGAUUUCUUGAGCCGGAUCUUUCAAGUACCCCCAGGCCAGAUGUCAAACGGGAACUUCUUUGCAGCUCCUCAGCCGGGCCCUGGGGCCACUGCAGCCUCCAAGCCCAGCAGCACAGUACCCAAGGGAGAAGCCAAACCGAAGCGGCGGAAGAAAGUGAGGAGGCCGUUCCAACGUUGACACCCCCUCUCUUUCCUCAAAUCAAUGUCAGGGAGUCAAAAGGGCUGUGUACAGCACAGGAUGGAGUUUGAUUUGUUUAUUUUUAAAUAUUUAAAAAAGGGAAAAUUUUAAGCUCAAAUUGUUCACUCAGUACUUAUAGGAAGCCCUGGAACCACUCUCCCUCCUCCACCAGCACCCAGGAACUGAAUCUUGUCUUCUGACAAUACCAAAGAAAUAGGGGGUGGCUAGAACAAAGAACCUAGGGCCUGGACCUGGGCUGGACGAUAUCUCCCAUAGUAGUGUGGGAACUGGGUAUUUCCCUGGGGUCUGUAUGCCUUUGUCUUGUCUUUUGCUUCUACAGCAGAUGACACUUCCCCCCUCUUUUUAAACGUGUCUGUAUUAUUUCUUGACCCAUUUCAGAAGGGAGCCCCCUCCAUUGCCCCAAUAUACUAGUAAAAAGACAGAACGAGAAAGCAUGUAACCCUAAUUAUAGGAGAUACAUAGAGUUCAGAGAGUGGGAACUCUCACCUUGUGAGUAAUCACCCAACUUGUUGCAGCUUGCAACUUGCAGCUUGUUGCUGCAGGGAUGGCCAAAAGUAAUAAUUUUUAAAAAACAGAUUCACGCUGUCUGCCCUUGGGUGAGGGGGAAGGAUAGAGGGGCUCCCGGCAGCCCCCUUAUGAUCCAAGGGUUUGUAUUUUUUUAAGUUUGUUCAUAUUUGUAUGUAUAUAUCUAUUUAAAGCCAGGGGAUUAUCUUUCUAUAAAUACAUAACUGGCAA